CGGUUCGGUUCGGAGUGGGGGCGUGGCCUGGAUCAGCAGAUAUACAAAGGGGUCGGUUCGGCCAGAAGUUCUGCAGCGAACUCCGAAGUUCUGCAGCAGAAACAGCCUGGUUGGCGCUCCUGCUCAGUGAUUGGCUCCAGCAGACAGGUGAGAUGUCGUCAGUGAAGGUAGAGUCCGUGGUGAAGGAGCACGCUCAGAUCGGCGAGGGGCCGGUGUGGGAGGAGUCAGAGCAGACGCUGCUGUUCAUCGACAUCACCGGGCAGAAAAUCCACCGCUGGAACGCAGCGACCAAUCAGAUCCAGUCUCUGCAGACAGCUGACACGGUGGGAUUCGCGGUCCCUCGCCGGUCCGGCGGUUACGUCGCAGGCGUGGGCUGCAGCAUCGUGGCUGUUGAUUGGUCCACUCAGAAGGUGACAUCACUGGCCAGCGUCGAAGACGACAAACCAGAGAACCGCCUGAACGACGGGAAGGCCGAUCCGAUGGGACGGCUGCUGGCAGGUACGAUGAGGAGGGACGCUCAGACCGCUCAGGUGAAACCAGGAUCUUUGUACCUGAUGAAAUCUGACCUGUCUGUCACCAAGCUGCUGGGCCAGGUGGACAUCUCUAACGGGAUGGACUGGACUGCGGACCUGAAGACGCUCUUCUACAUCGACAGCCUGGCUAUGAGCGUCGACGCCUUCGACUACGACUCGGCCUCUGGAAACCUGGGUAACCGCCGGGUGGUGUACCGGUUGGAGGAGGGGGAGGGCGUUCCCGACGGGAUGACGCUGGACGCCAACGACCGCCUCUGGGUGGCGUGCUACAAUGGAGGACGAGUCCUCAACAUCGACCCUGCUACUGGUAAACGCCUGCAGACGGUGUCUCUGCCCGCCACGAAGACCACUUCCUGUUGCUUCGGCGGGCCAGACUACUCUGACCUCUACGUGACCUCGGCCAGCCUGGGUCUGGACCAAUCAGAGCUCCAGAAGCAGCCGGCGGCCGGCAACACCUUCAGGGUGACGGGACUCGGGGUCAAAGGUCGACCAUCAAACGCAUUCAGCGGGUGACCUGCAGGAGGCGGAGUCUUCUGAUCUUCUAUAAGGCUGCUGAUUAAUAAUCAAACUGGAUCAAUAAAUGAUUUUACAGUAAUCACCUGUACUCUAAUAAAGGCAGAGCUGAGCGCUGUGCAUGCUGGGA